AUGUCAUCAGUAAUAUAUUAUAAGUUCCUACAUCAAAAGAAUAAAAGUGUAAUACAUUUUGAUGGUACAGCUAUAAGUGUAUUUGAUUUGAAGAAAGAAAUCAUCACUCAAAAUCAAUUAGGUACUGGUUCAGAUUUUAAUUUAAAAUUAUAUCAUUCAGAACAACCUGAUGUAGAAUAUGAAAUGGAUAAUGAUAUUAUACCCAGAUCAAGUUACGUUUUAGUCAAAAGAUCACCUGCAAAUCCAAAAAUGGGUAAAUUUAAUAAUGCAUCAAGAUAUGUUACUGGUAAACCAAGACUAAAUAGAAAAGUUUUAAAUACAACCAACGCCAACGCACCAUCUACCACAUCAGCACCAACUAUUCAAUUAGGUGAAAAUGCAUCAGAAGAAGACAAAAUAAAACUUAUGUUUGAAAAUCAAUCUAAUGCAUGGGCUCAAACUCAAGAUGAAUUAGCACAACAUAAAAUGGUGUAUUAUAAACCAACCACCACCACAGCCAAUACACAAAAUGAAGUACCACCACCAGGUUAUAUAUGUUAUAGAUGUGGUAAAAAGGAUCAUUGGAUAAAAAAUUGUCCGACAAACAAUGACCCAAAUUUUGAAGGUAAAAAAAUCAUGCGAACAACUGGUAUACCAAAAUCAUAUUUAAAGACUAUUUCAAGAGAAGAUGUCGAGAAAAAUGCUAAAUCUUUUACGACUAACGAUAACGGUGAUGUUAUAGAUAAUGAAGGUAAUGCAAUAUUAAUAACAGAUGAAGGUGAAUAUGCUGUUGCAAUGGCAGAUUCUAAAACAUGGACAAAUUAUCAAACAAAAUUACAAAAUGCAGCAAUGAAAUCAAAACAAGAAUAUGACUCAAGAUUAGUAUCGUUAAUACAAAAAUAUAACAAGCCUGAAUUUUUGGACGUACUAUCAACUACAAAUGAAAAAGUUUUGCAACCACCUAUAUAUAUGACACCAUGUUGUAAAGAUAAAUCAAGUUUAAAAAAAUUAAAAAAUUUCAAUCACAAUCAAACAGAAUUAGAAAAUGCUUUAAUUGAUAAUGAUUUCCAUUGUCCAAAUUGUGAUAAAAGUGAUAUUUAUAUUGAUACAUUAAUAAGAAAUGAAGAUUUAGAAAAGGAAUUAAAAGAAUUUAUAGAAUCAAAAGAGUCGGAAAUUGGAAUGCAAGAUCCAAGUAAAAGAUCAUUAGAAGAUGUUGAUUUAGAUGAAGGUGAACCAAGUAUUAAAAAACAAAAACAAGAUCCUAAUACUCAACAACCACCACCACCACCUCAACAACAAUUUUCUCAAUUUCCAAUGGGAAUGAUGCCACCACCACCAUUUGGAAUGCCAAUACCACCAAUUAAUUUUCAAGCACCAAAAUAA